GCCCGCCGCUAUGAGGCGCGGGGGCCCCGCCGCCCUCGCCGCUUGCCUCGCCGGGGCGUUCGCCGUGCUGGCGGGGCCGGGGUCUGGGUCGGGCAGCAGCGCCUGGGGCGGCCGGCGGCCCCCCCGCAGCUACGGCCACUUGGAGGGCGACGUGCGCUGGCGCCGGCUCUUCUCCGCCACCCGCUUCUUCCUGCGCAUCGACGGCAGCGGCGGCGUGGAGGGGACGCGCUGGAGGGAGCGGCCGGGCAGCAUCGUCGAGAUCCGGUCAGUGCGUGUCGGCGUCGUGGCCAUCCGUGCGGUGCACACCGGCUUCUACCUGGCCAUGAACAAGCGGGGCAGGCUCUAUGGGUCGAAGGAAUUCAGCCCCAACUGCAAGUUCAUGGAGCGCAUCGAGGAGAACGGCUACAACACGUACGCGGCGCUGCGCUGGCGGCACCGGGGCCGCCCCAUGUUCCUCUCGCUCAAUAGCAAGGGCAGGCCACAACGAGGGGGCAAGACGAGGCGGCAGCAGCUCUCCACGCACUUCCUGCCCAUGCUCGUCGGCUGAGCCCGUCCCGGGGGAGAAAACUUGGGGGGGGGAAAGGGUGAUUUUAUUUAUGUACAGAUCUAUUUUUAUGUUAUUUAUUGGUUUGGUUUGGACGGAUGCGGAAGGAAGAUGCUCCAGAUGCA